GAGACCCACCUCCCUGUCCCUUCUCUCUUCAGAAACAGUGAAGACGAUGAUCGUCAAGGGGAAAGCGGCCGUGGACACGGAGUGCCAACAGAAGCUGGGCAAGGCCCAUGUGUACGGAGAAGGGGAUGAUGUGUACGACGCACUGUUAAACCAGACCAACGUCCAGUUCAACAACAACAAAUACUACAUCAUUCAGCUCCUGGAGGAUGACGCAAGGAGGCAUUUCAGCGUCUGGAUGCGAUGGGGAAGAGUUGGGAAGGUCGGUCAACACAACCUGAUCUCGUGUGGUAGUGAUCUGAAUAAAGCCAAGGAAAUCUUUGAAAAGAAGUUUCUGGACAAGACCAAGAACACCUGGUCGAACAGAGUGUCCUUCGAGAAGGUGGCCGGAAAGUACGACCUGUUGACUCGGGAUUACAGUGGCGAUGCCCCUGCGGACGAGGUACUUGGGCAUCUCGCUGCCCCUCUGAUUGGGGGGGACGGUGUCACGGGAAGUUUCUCGUCUUCUCCCGGGCCCCGUGUCAAUUUCCAGCGUGCGUUAUGCAUGGUCGGGGACAGUUUGGUGCCAUGGGUGGGGAAAUGUGUCUAUCGAGCCCUGUCCUGGGAGGACUCUGUGUCAGCCAUCGCAGGUUCACACAGCUUGCUCCCUCCGUUCCUUCCAGGCCAAGUGAGUCUGUACCCCACUGUUAUACAGUGACAGACC